UCCAGUUAUCUCCGACGCGAGUUUCGGUAAUAAAAUGGAAGAGAGAAAAAGAAGGCGUCGUUUUACUUCUUCCGAAGUAAGGGCGUUGAGAGAUGGAGUCCAAAAAAGAAAAAUGAUAAUAGAACGGAGGAUAAAUCCAACUGUUACUUCUGGCGGAAAAGUCAUCAAACUGGCAUCUUAUUUGGAUGGAAGAUAUUUGACGUCCGAAGACGAAGAAUUCGUUAGAUAUAUACUUUCUGAUGUCGAGCUAUUCUUAUCGGAUGCUAGAGAAGACAGUGUUUUGAUAUUUCCACCAUUUUUAAAAUACUAUCGAUUUUUGGUACAUAAAGUGAUAGAAGAACAUUUUCCAAAUCUUAACAGUUUUUCCAUUGGUAGAAAUGAUUCCAGAAGAACUGUAAUUUGUUUUGAAAAGAUUUUAACAAGAGAUUCAGAAAAAAGAGUUUACACCAAAGAUAAUGAAGUUUCCAGUUUGAAAAAACAAUGUUACAUUCCAAUGGAAGUAACUUUAUCACAUGAACCAACAACUAUGUCAACAUCUUGUUCUGUAGAGAAGAGUCCAAAGACUCUGCGUAGAAUAAAAUGUGCCGAUUUUCCUCUAUCAGGAAAAAUAGUCAGUCUUCCAAAAUCAAAUUCAGAAAAUGAAACAAAAUUCUAUUCACAAGAAAUGAAUCAAAAGAGGUCAAAGCCUAAACGUCCAGAUAUGAAACUUUAUGUACCUCGUGCAAGACGAACUCAGUGUACUUCUAAUGUUACUAUUCCUAAAGAAAAUUGUUCUAUAGAGCAAAUAGAAAGUUAUGGAAAAACAAAGAAAUUAUAUGGAAAUAAAGAGACUCAUUCUUCAAAUAAAUCACCAAAUAGAAAACAAGACAACUGUGAUAAAGAAAAAUUUUCUUCUGUUCAGGAUAGUAAUCAAAUUACAAAUGUUGAAUGUGAUGAUAAAAGUUUAAAUAUUUCUGAAAAAAUAUUCAGUAGUGAUGAUGAUAAUAGUAAGAAUUCUGGUGAAAUUUCAUCUGUGGGCGAAAGUUUAAAUGAAGUUUUAAUAGUUAAAAAAUUGAAUAAUGAAAUUUUGACAGACAGUAAAACUUCUUUAUCAGGUAAUUUGUGCAAAAAUGAAUUAUUUAAAAAUGAUGAAAGUGAUAGAAACAAUGAUAGUUUAAACAAUACUGUCGAAGAAUUAGAUAAAAAUAUGUCAGAAAAUUCAGAUGUUAUUGAACAUUCUUCAAUCAUAAAAGAUAAUGAAAGACAGUCACAUAUUUCUAAAACUGUUUCUUCUGAAAUAGAUAUGAUGAACAAUGAGAAUACUUCUUGUUUGGAAAGUAUUCAUCUUCUGUCAAAUGAAUUAUGUGAGUCGUGUACAGAUAAAAAUACUUCAGAAUCAUUAUGUAAAGAGGAAUCAUGUGAAGAAGAAUCAAAUGAUUUAAAAAAUGAAAAGAAUGUAAUUAUAAAAUUAAAAGAGUAUGCAGAAACAGAACAAGUUAUUACAGAAAAAACUGGAAAUUGCAAUAAUGAAUCUCUGUUAUCAAACACUUCUGAUUGUAAACAAGAAAAUACAGAUGAUUCAUGGGAUUCAAUGUUUGAUGAUAGUGGAGAAUGUCUUAAUCCUAACACUUUGAAAGAGAGAUUUGAAAAACUGAAAGGAUGUUUAAUAAAUCCAGGAUUUAAUAUCAAGUGGGUAGACGAUACUCAUGCUUUAGGUGUAUUUUCAAGUCCUAUUGCUGCUGGUACACAAUUAGGCAGUUUAUGGUCAUCCUAUGGUGCUUUCCAGCCACAUGAACCUGAUGUUAGUGGUGAAGUGCAAAGACGUUUCUGGUUGAGGUACGAAAUUGAUCCUUCGAAUGGAUGGAACAUUCGCAGAUGGUACUGUCAGUUUGUUGACACAGGUUGUGUAUGUAAAGGAAAGAGUCCUGGCCGACCUCGUGUAUCUGAAGAAAAUGUCGCACGAAUUCAAGCUGCUUACCAACGUAGCCCUUCAAAAUCAACACGUCGUGCCAGCCGGGAAUUGCAGCUGCCUAAAACAACAGUUUUGCGUGUUUUGAGACGCAGAAAUCCAGGAUUUAAUAUCAAGUGGGUAGACGAUACUCAUGCUUUAGGUGUAUUUUCAAGUCCUAUUGCUGCUAUGGAUGCUCUUACUUUGAAGCACCCCUUAUUAAAAGUUCGUCCACUUUCUCAAGGUAUCAGAGAGUCAAAGUUUAAAGCCAAGAGAUGUGCAGAAUUUUUGCAACCAUAUAGACCACGACCAGAAACAUCGGCAACAUUAGCAAGACGAUUAGUAUCAGGUGCUUUGGGUGUUAGGCUAAAUGUUCCUAAAGAACAAAGAGAAUUGGAAAGACAACAACUCAAAGAAGCCAGAGAUAGAAGACGACAAGCAGCAAAACAAAAACAAGAUAUUUGGAAUGGAGUUGUAUCUUAAAACAAAUUUGAUUUGGUUAUUUUUAUUAGAAUUUUCACAAAAAUUGAAAUUACUGACUAAUAUCUAUAAAUGAUUUUAAAAACGUGUAAAACCAAUGACAAGCAUUGUUGGUGCAAUUUUAAUUAUUUUUGUAAAUAUAUUGUUACUUUUACCAUGAAACUUAAGUUGAUAUUUUAUAUAA